CCGUGACUCUGCAUGAUGCUCUGCUUGGAUUAAUCGUUCGUAACUAGUUGGUAAGCAAUUGGAUUAGUAUAUCCGAAACCAGUAUAUAGAUACCUCCGGCGAAGCACUGAGAUGCUGGGGAGGAUGGCGGGAGGAGUCGCCGACGCCGAGCAGCGCGACGCCUCGUCCGAUCGCGGCCGUCACGCGGGCACCGCCGUCCCGCCGUCUCCCUUGUCGGCGCCCCCCAAGCUGUUCUUGGCUGAUGAUAGUGGCGUUUGCCGCGUGUCGCCGGUGCCGGUGGAGGCCGCCGCCGUCAUGAGCCCCACCUCCACCCUGCAAGCGGCUGUCGACAGCCCCACGUCUCCGGCGGCCAAGGUCGGCGCGUUCUCCAGUCACGGGGCGAGCUCGUCAUCCGGCGGCGACCGCCGGUGCAAGAGCAGGAGCCGCAGGUGCCACCGCCGCCCUGCCUGGGAGGCGGCGAGGAACGCCGGGCUUGGCCUCGCCGGCGCCCUGAACGGCGACGACGCCGUCCCCCACGCGGCGACGGUCCUGAGAGGACAGAGCCUCCGGAGCCCCGCGUUCGCCGUCAACGGCCACUUGGCGCGCUCCUCCUCCCCGCAAGGCCGCCGGUGCCUGAUGAUGUCGCCGACGGAGAUGGAGGCGUCGGAGGACUACACCCGCGUCAUCGCCCGCGGGGGGCCGAACCCGAGGACGACGCACAUAUUCGACGACCGCGUCGUCGUCGACGGCUGCGGCGGGUUCUCCAUCGGAGCCGGCGGCGAGGACGAUGAGUCGUUCCUGAGGUGGUGCCAUGGAUGCAGCAAGGACCUUGGGCAGGGCAAGGACAUCUUCAUGUACAGGGGCGAGAUGGCCUUCUGCAGCCACGAGUGCCGCUACCGCGAGAUGCUGCUCUUCGACGAAGAAUCCUGAGGCGACAUCUAUCUCGCCUUUUUUUUUUCCAGCUUGGCGCGAAGAAGAAUCAAUCGAUGGAUCAUGCUCCAUUCCUGCUUCACUGCAAGAAUUUCAUAUCUAUACAGUAGCUAUUAGGGUUCCGAGCUUCAAAACGUGGUGUAGUAGUGUUUGUUUUUCAGCCAGCUCUAGAUCGUUUUGCGAGCUGCUAAUUGUAGACGAGCUGUACUGCUGGCUGGCGCUUAAUUUAGCUGUGCCUGAUCUGAUGCGUGCAA